GGCAAAAAAUUCGGCAAGCCUUUCCUGGAGAUUUAGUGCGAGUAAUUGGUGGUAAUUUUCCGACCGAAUUAGGCGAAAAAUUUUUGGUGAUUAAGGAUGAAAGAACCAAAAAGGAAAUACUUCAAGAAGUAACCAAUUGGUCAGAAAAAAAAAACCAACCCGCCUUGUCACCUUCUAGUGGAAAAAAAAAUGUUAACUUGGUUUUACUAGCCGAUAGCCAAAAUAGUCAGGAAGCCUUAAAUAAUCUAGUUGCGAAAAGUGAUAACUCCCAAGUUAAUUUCUCCGUAGUUUAUUCGUCUGUUGGAAAAUUAAAUAGUUUUGGACUGAAUUUAGCCAAAAUUACUCAGAGUGUUAUUUUAGCUUUUGGUUACCAAUUUUCUUCUUCGGAAAUAAAAAUUUUCCGGGAAAACAAUCUCUCUUUUUAUAGUAGCAAGAUUAUUUACGAAAUCGAAGAAAAGUUGAAAAAAAUUGUAGAAAACCAACAAGAAAAAAAACAGGUCGAAAAAGUAAUGGGAGUGGCCCAAGUCAGCCACGUUUUUUACUUUUCCAAAGUGGGGAAUAUUGCGGGUUGUCAAAUAAUAAGCGGUAAAAUUGCCCGCAAUAAUUUCGUUCAUGUUUUUCGGGGGGAGGAACAACUUUUCACAGGUUCAAUUCGUAGCCUGGAAAGCGAUAAAAUAACCGUUAAAGAAAUCAGUAGUGGCCGGGAAUGUGGAAUAGUGCUAAAAGGGUUUGAUGACUUCCAAAUUGGUGAUAAAGUUAUUGCUUUUCAAAUGAAAGAAGAAAGUAUUUUGACGAAUGAAUAA